AUGUUAAUGUCGACCGACGUUGCAUCUAUAAUGCUACCCGUUAGUCGGGGGAUAAUGGACCGAGAAAGAGACAUCGAUACAUCAGCGGUGCCGCAUACAAGCGCGGCCGGGGGUCCGGCGGCUGUCCGGGGAAUGAAGCGGGGAGACCCGGAACCCGACGCGCUCGCAGCCGCUGCGCUGACUGACCUGACCGGGGCGGAGUGCAAAAGACCAAGGAUAGACGGCACUGGGAGUGUUAUCGGCGAUAUUGGACAGAACAAUGAGCCCUUAAAUCCUGGUUUCCAUGGAUACGCUCCUCACAAUCAGGGGUCUCAGGAUUCAACAGGCGCACAGGAUGGUUUGGUGGCCCCACCCUUCUCAGCGUUCCCUCCUCCACCCCCUCCCCAGAAUGGGAUAGCCGGGACAGAAUUUGGCUCGGGGGCUAUGUUUGGCGCAGGGGGUCAAGGUACAGCUGAGGUAGGCGCUGGUGCUAAUGCGGACACCACCAGUACCACCAUCAACAACAAUGGUAAGACUGAGGAAACAUCCCAGGGGGAGACGGCUGUCCAGUGUGGUAUGGGAGGACCAGCAGCAGGAGGAUCUGGUGGAGAUUCGCCAGAGGCCAAAGGAACCCCCAAACGCCUCCAUGUUUCAAACAUCCCAUUCCGCUUCCGUGACCCGGAUCUCAGACAGAUGUUUGGGCAAUAUGGAAAGAUUCUGGACGUGGAAAUAAUUUUCAAUGAGAGAGGCUCAAAGGGUUUUGGCUUUGUGACAUUUGAGACCAGCGCAGAUGCAGAAAAAGCCCGUGAAAAGCUCCAUGGCACAUUGGUGGAAGGUCGUAAGAUUGAGGUGAAUAAUGCCACUGCCAGGGUGAUGACUAACAAGAAAAUGGUCAGCCCCUACCCUAAUGGAGAGGCUCUGAGCACGCUGCCUUAUGCAGGGUGGAAAUUGAGCCCAAUGGUUGGGGCUGUGUAUGGACCAGAGCUCUAUGCAGUUCCAGGUUUCCCCUAUCCUUCAGCAGCUGCAGCAGCCACGACAGCUGCAGCAGCUGCUGCAUUCCGUGGUGCCCACCUUCGGGGUCGGGGCAGACCUGUCUACAGCGCGGUGCGGGCAGCUGUGCCUCAGGCAGCUAUCCCUGCAUACCCUGGCGUGGUGUAUCAGGAUGGGUUUUACGGCGCUGCAGACUUAUAUGGAGGCUAUCCUGCUGCUGCCGCCGCAGCCGCCGCCGCCGCUUAUCGGUACACUCAGCCCGCGGCUGUUACCGGAGCAACCGCAGCUGCUGCCGCAUACAGUGACAGUUAUGGCCGAGUUUACACGACAGAUCCGUACCACGCUUUAGCCCCAGCUGCCGCUGCGUAUGGCGUGGGAGCCAUGGCCAGUUUAUACAGGGCAGGAUACAGUAGGUUUGCGCCAUACUAA